CUAUACAGUCUAUAUACAGUUUGGUACAGUUUGCUAAUCAUACACGUAUACAAUGAUUAUUGAACUGAAUAAUCUUAAAGAGAAUUAAUAAAAGCCGGUAUUGACCGCCGUUUUAAUCAUCCAUUAAUAAAUCACUGAAAAGGCAUCUGGGUGACAGAAUUUAUUUAUUUGUUAUAUUAGCCGUAAUAAACACUAUCAGCCAAAAUGAUUAUGGGAUUAUUGGACGAUCUCAAACGCAUGAACAAGCGUCAGUUUCUCUACCAAGUACUUAGUUUUGGUAUGAUCGUGUCCUCCGCACUUAUGAUAUGGAAAGGACUUAUGGUUGUCACUGGAAGCGAAAGUCCUAUUGUCGUUGUUUUGAGUGGAAGUAUGGAACCAGCGUUCCACCGUGGAGAUUUACUAUUCUUAACAAAUUACCAAGAAGAGCCAGUUCGUGUAGGUGAAAUAGUAGUUUUCAAAGUAGAAGGCCGUGAUAUACCAAUAGUACAUCGUGUCUUAAAAUUACAUGAAAAGAACGACAAAAAUUCAACAGUAAAAUUCCUUACCAAAGGAGACAAUAACUCAGUAGACGACCGAGGUCUCUACGCACCGGGUCAAUUGUGGCUAACGCACAAAGACGUAGUAGGUCGGGCACGAGGAUUUUUGCCGUACGUCGGAAUGGUAACAAUAUACAUGAACGAGUACCCGAAGUUAAAGUACGCGGUUCUUUUGGGCCUGGGUCUGUACGUGUUGGUGCAUCGAGAAUAAGUUUUUUUCAGUAGCUAAGAAUUUAGGAUAAGGAUUUUUUAAGUGAGCAAAUAAAUAAUAAAUAAAUUAAUUAAUUAACUGUGCAUUUAAAA